CCUCAGAUCGCGUGUAGCGCCGGUUAUUGACAUGUCUUCUGAAGAUCAAUCCCGUGAGAUUUCCGGAGCUGAAGGAGAGAUGCAGACCGGCCUCAGUGUGGAGGAGGACGGAGAGAAACCGAACAUCCUCCCGUUCAGCGUUGAAGCUCUGAUGUCAGACCGGAGACCGAGCAGCUGUACCGCCGGGACAUCACACACUCCAGACCGGCCCGGGGUUCGGUUGACUUUAGGAUCCUCAUUUUCGGUGGAUGUUGUAAAACUGCACGAGGACGCGCCGGUAAAGGCGGAGAGCCCAGAGCUCGUGGACCGGAGCGCAUGGAUCCAAAAUCCCCGUUUCUCUCCCAGGCGACUCAGUCCUCCCGCGUGCCCUCUGAGGAAACACAAAACCAACCGAAAGCCUCGGACCCCGUUCAGCACGUGCCAGCUGCUGGCGCUCGAGAGGAAGUUCCGUCACAAACAGUACCUGUCCAUCGCCGAACGGGCCGAGUUCUCCAGCUCGCUCCACCUGACGGAGACUCAGGUGAAGAUCUGGUUCCAGAACCGACGAGCCAAAGCGAAAAGACUCCAGGAGGCCGAACUCGAGAAACUAAAAAUGGCCACCAAACCGAUGCUGCCUCCGGCCUUCGGGAUAUCCUUUCCCGUCGGUGCUCACGUGCCCGCCGCAUAUACCGGAUCACAUGAGUUUCACAGACACUCCGUGAGUCCGGUGGGACUGUACACACACAUGGGAUAUAGCAUGUAUCAUUUCGCUUGAGAUGAUUGUGUUUGUAAUGAACGCGUCACGGGUCCGGUGGAAUCCGUCGGUAUCUCACGUGCAUUCGGAGCGUUAAUUAAACUAUAGCAUUUAAAACAAACGAUUCCCUUCGAAAGGAUCAUCUGAACUGUAACAUAUUGUACA